UUUUUCCGACAUACCGUCUAUAAUUGUAUUGUGCGACACACGACAUCCCACAAUUCAUUCGAUCGACUUCAGCGUUUUUUACAGAUCUGCUCGAUCCGACCAUUUGGAUCCGCACCAGUUGAUGCGCAGACAGUCGAUGCGCAUGAUCGCUACGGCAGUCAUUUGCGUGCAUAAGUUGUGGUGCACUUGUCGAGUAUAAAAGUAGAAAGCAGAAUGAAAGCGAUUACAUUAUUCAUUUGCUGGUGCUAAUUACGACGUAACGAGUCCAACUUUUUCAACCCAGUCACCGUCAAUUUCUAGUGAACGCUGAGCCUUUGAAAGUUAGAAAAGUUGAGUUCAACAUGUACGGUAUGAUUUUUGAGACCAUCCAAAAUAUCUUUCAGUUGGAAUAUGGAGAACAACUCUGGCACGCUCUCCUAGAAAAAACCAACUAUCGCAACACUGUCUUCUGUACUCACCAAACUUAUCCGGAUGAUUUGGUCAUGGAAUUGGCCACCGCAGCUGCAGAAGUUGUCGGGAAUAGGUUGACGGAGCUUGAUUUCUUGAAUUAUUUUGGGCGCUGUUUUAUCCGCUCCUUUGACCAAUAUGGUUACGACAAGAUCAUUAAAGCUGGUGGUCGUUACUUUUGCGACUUCCUGACCGGCAUCGACAAUAUCCAUUUACAAAUGAGAUACAUGUUUCCCAAAAUGGUUUCGCCUAGCAUGUACAUCUCGCACGAAGAUGCUGAUGGUGUUUUGCUGCACUACCGAACUCCACGCAGCGGCCUUUGCCCUUACCUCAGAGGUCUGCUCCUUCAACUUGCGAAAGACUACUUUAAUAUCGAACUUCUCGUCGAAGAGUUAGCUAGUGAACCCACUGGGGAGGAUGAAUAUUACCAAAAUCGAUUCCGUCUUCAUUUCAACAAUCGGGACUAUUUGGCUAGUCGAGAGAUGAUGAACGGUAGCAAUCUUAAUCUUGACGUGAGUAUGAGGGCAAUAAUGUCUUCAACGUUGUCUAGCAAUGCCCUGUUACAACUCUUUCCAUUUGCCCUAAUCUUUCGUUCUGAUCUUAAAAUAAUAAGCACGGGCAAACAAUUAAAGAUCAUGUUCAUGGAUGGAAUAAUUGGACAUAGCCUUGACGAACUAGUCAAGAUGCGUCGUCCUAGAGUUAACCUCACGUGGGAUAACAUUCUUGGCUUACAGAAAGUUAUGUGUGAAAUCGAAUUAUUUUUGAUCUACAAAAAGGAAGAAACAGUAGGCAAUAAAACUUUACAGACCGUAGGAAAUAACAAAUCGGAGGAAAGUCGUCGCCUAUUUCUGCAGGGCCAGUUCCGCUAUCUCAAAGAAUGGGAUGCAGCAAUCUUAUUAUUUCUGACAGUUUUAUUUAAAUUACCUCUACAUAUAUCAUUCUUAAAUUGUAUAGGGAUGGUAAUAUUUCUUUGCAACCCUAUCGUGAAUAACUUAACGGAUCUCGACGAACUUGGACUCAAACUCGACGAUUUGAGCAUGCACGGGAAUGGUCGAGAAAUGGUUAUGGGAGGAUUACAGCACAAUUCCCGCCUGGAAGAUUUAUACGAACGAGCUGAGGAACGAUCGCACGAAUUGGAAAAAACCCACCAACUGCUUGAACAAUGGACGGAGCGCGGAGAUCAGCUGCUGUACUCCAUGAUUCCGCAAUCGGUGGCUGAUAAUUUGCGUAAAGGAACGCAUCCAGUAGAUACUUGUCAGAAUUUUGAGAGUAUUACAGUUCUAUUCGUCGAACUUACAAACAUUGAAAUCAAUGCGGAUAAUGCUUUGGAGAUGGUAAAAAGCAUGAAUGCGGUUUUUUCCCAGUUGGAUACUGUUGUUGAUCGACACAAAGUUUACAAGGUAGAGACUGUUGGAAAAGUUUACAUGGUUGUGGGAGGUGCUCCGGAAGAGAACAAGUCCCACGUCAGAGACGUAGCCUUGGUUGCUUUAAGCUUCCGAGACGAAAUUAACGAACUUGUUAACACGACUGGAAUGGACGUCCGUAUCCGAACAGGUUUUCACUCUGGCUCGGCAGUAGCGGGAGUAGUUGGGCUUAAAAUGCCUCGCUACUGCUUUUUUGGAGAUACAAUCAAUACAGCGUCGAGAAUGCAGUCGUCGUGUGAUCCGGGAAACAUUCAAAUGUCGUCAACCUCUUACAGCCUCCUUGAGUCGUUUUCCGGGUUUGUCUGCGAAAAGCGUGGGCUGGUAAAGGUCAAGGGCAAAGGCGAGAUGCAGACUUAUUGGCUGCUUCAUCAUCAGGAAUCCGCAGACUAGACUGUUAUUUAUUAUAGACAUUUAUAGACACUGUCGGUUAAAUGUAUUUCAAGUAGCAAUCAGUAUAAUUAAUAACCCAUCGUAGACUGUGAUGUUCAAGUAAUAAGCU